UGGUACAAUAAACACAUCCUCCGUCGACAUCUAAGAAACUAAAGUGUAACCAUGGCCGCCCAAAGCAAGAAGGAUGAGCUAACUUGGAUGAAUGUUUUGGUCCGUGUCUUUCUAAAUUCGGCGACUCAUCCGAUUGAAUAUGCCAAAGUGUUGAUCCAGCUUGGCCAUGAGCCUAUGCCUCCUUACAAAUCUCGAACAAUUUUUGGAAGAGAAGCAUUUUAUUACCCGAGUGUCUUUGGAUACAUCUCAUUCAUCAAGAAGCGUGAUGGCUUCAAGGGAUGUUACAGGGGAUUGACUCCCAAGUUAGCCGCCAAUAUUGUCAGUGGUAUUGCCUUUCAGAGGGUCACAGAGAGUAUCAAGUUCAAGGAACUUGAUGGAGAAGUCAACAUUGAAGAGUUGACCAUUUCUGAAAGAACGCAGCGGUUCUUGCAGAACACCUCCAGAGAAUCAGCUGGCAGGGCAGCAGCUAUUCUUGCAUCACAACCUUUUCAUGUGAUCGCAGUGAGGUGUAUGGCGGAGUUUGUGGGUCAGGAUGGCCAGUAUACGUGAGUUCUCAAGGGAUUAUUGUUUAUAUUAUA